CGCCGGCCCGGAGCCGCCGCCGGAGCCAUGAUCGGGGACCUGCUGCUCUGCGGGACGCUGCUGGUGAACGCCGGUGCCGUGCUCAACUUCAGGCUGAGGAGGAGGGACACGGAGGGAUUCGGAGAGGAGCAGAGGGAACCCACCACCGGCGACAAUAUCAGAGAGUUCUUGCUGAGUCUCAGGUAUUUUCGAAUCUUCAUUGCCUUGUGGAAUAUCUUCAUGAUGUUCUGCAUGAUUGUGUUAUUUGGAUCUUGAAAGCCACCCAUGGAUAUUAGAAGAGACUUUUGGCUGGGAACAAACUUUUCUAGGAGUAAAAUAUUCUGCUGCUCUCCAGCUGCAGCCCUGGGCCUGUGGGACACGCUCGUCCCCUCCAGGUUCCUGCUCUGCGGGGGCUUGGAGCCACAACCUUCACACAAAUGAUCUCAGCUUCACUGAAAGGGAAUUUUGACUUGGUUUCCUAAGCUCAGAGUGAGAGCAGGGGAGAACUGGAGCCAGUUUUAAACCUCUGCUUUGCCAGUCCAAACUGGGUCUGUGCCAGCUCGAGUUACCCCCGUCUGUCCAAGUCACACUCCUGAGUUCUCAGUUUUGUGUAAAAGUUGAGCAGAGUGUUCUUGUAACUUCUCACUAUUCCAUUCAUUUCUUUGGAGGCGUAGAAAAGGAAUAUUCAAGAAAAAAAAAUGCCAUUCUCACCUUCUCCCUAUUUCCCUAUUUUUCCAGAAAAAAAAUGCUUUGUAAAAUAAUACUUAAAAUAAUUUUUUUUUCCUAAGCAAUAUGUAAAGGAUUUUGAAUGGGGAAAAAUGGCAAAAAUAAUUCUCUAAGCAAAUGUUAAGAGAUAAUUUUGGAAUAAUCUUGGAUUUGGUUGAAUAAAGUUGCUCUAUUUAAGGGUAAAGUAUAUAUUUGAUGCCAUGUUCAUUCUGUUACAUGAGAAAUUGAUUCUGUAUUGGUGUAUUUUGGGAAAUUGUAACUAUUCCUGUCAUCUGC